AUGUCGGAGUUCCACAAGAAGGAACCCGUGAAGACGAAACCAAGACCGAUAUGGCUGGGAUAUGAUCGAUACAUCCGGAUUGCUGACCAGCGAUAUAACGUACAGUGGGCUCUUGUCCUUGCCGGUGUUGCCGACUUUGCCCGUCCCGCCGAGAAGCUCUCCCUGACCCAGAACGGUGCCCUGACGGCCACCGGUAUCAUCUGGACCCGCUGGUGCUUUAUCAUCAAGCCCAAGAACUACCUCCUCGCCGCUGUCAACUUCUUCCUCGGUGUCGUCGGUGUCGUCCAGUGCAGCCGUAUCCUCAUGUGGCAAUCCUCGCAGAAGAAGAGCGCUGCCGAGCUGGCCCACGAGGUCAAGGAGGACGUCAAGGAGGCUGCCUCCUCCGCGACGCGGAGGCAGGAGGGAAUGACGCACCAUGCAGAGGCUUACCUGCUGUCGUGCCUUGCAUCAGACGUUACAGGUUCCGCAUCUGGUUACUAG